CGCGCGCUGGCCGCCCGCGCGCCUGCCGCCCGUUGCCCUGGCAACCGUCGUGCCGCGUCUUCCUGAGGGAGCUCCUGUCAGCCCACUGAUCCCACCACCCGCUCCCUACUGCCCCGCGGUCUUCGCGUGGGCUCGGAGGCUGAGGGACAACAAAAAUGGCGGAGGGGAGCCAGACGGCGCCUGAGGCAGGCAAUGAUAUGGGAAAUGAUGAUGCCAUCGGAGGGAAUGUGAGCAAAUAUAUAGUGCUUCCAACUGGAUAUUGUGGACAGCCCAAGAAAGGACAUCUUCUCUUUGAUGCUUGCUUUGAAAGUGGUAACCUGGGCCGGGUGGACCAGGUCUCUGAGUUUGAGUAUGAUCUGUUCAUUAGGCCGGACACCUGUAAUCCACGAUUCCGAGUCUGGUUCAACUUUACUGUUGAAAAUGUGAAAGAAUCACAGGUGAGGGAAAUAGUGGAUACCUUCAGAGUGGUUUUGAGGGUCAUUUUCAACAUUGUUAACUUCAGUAAAACCAAGAGUCUCUAUAGAGAUGGGAUGGCCCCUAUGGUGAAAUCUACCAGCAGACCAAAAUGGCAAAGGCUGCCACCCAAAAAUGUUUACUACUACCGCUGCCCAGACCAUAGGAAGAACUAUGUGAUGUCCUUUGCCUUUUGUUUUGACCGAGAAGAAGAUAUUUACCAGUUUGCUUACUGCUACCCAUACACAUACACUCGCUUCCAACAUUACCUUGACAGCCUGCAAAAGAGAAACAUGGAUUACUUCUUUCGGGAGCAGCUGGGCCAGAGUGUGCAACAACGACAGCUUGACCUCCUGACGAUAACCAGCCCUGAAGACAAAUCUGACCUUGAAAACAGUGUGAUGCAGAAGAAAAUAAAAAUCCCCAAGCUUUCUCUUAAUCAUGUAGAAGAAGAUGGAGAGGUUAAAGAUUAUGGGGAAGAAGAUUUACAGCUUAGACACAUCAAGAGACCUGAGGGGCGGAAGCCGAGCGAAGUGGCGCACAAGAGCAUCGAGGCCGUGGUGGCUCGGCUAGAGAAGCAGAACGGCCUGAGCCUGGGCCAUAGCACGUGUCCGGAAGAGGUCUUCGUGGAGGCCUCGCCAGGCACAGAGGACAUGGACAGUCUAGAAGAUGCUGUGGUGCCCCGGGCUCUGUAUGAGGAGCUGCUGCGCAAUUACCAGCAGCAGCAGGAAGAGAUGCGCCACCUCCAGCAGGAGCUGGAGCGGACUCGCAGGCAGCUGGUACAACAGGCCAAGAAGCUCAAGGAAUACGGGGCACUUGUGUCUGAAAUGAAGGAGCUCCGUGACCUCAACCGGAGGCUCCAGGACGUGCUGCUCCUGCGGCUUGGCAGCGGUCCCGCCAUUGAUCUGGAAAAAGUAAAGUCAGAAUGUCUCGAGCCCGAGCCGGAGUUACGGAGCACUUUCAGUGAGGAAGCAAAUACGUCGUCCUAUUACCCCGCUCCUGCGCCUGUCAUGGACAAGUAUAUCCUAGACAAUGGCAAGGUCCAUCUGGGAAGCGGGAUUUGGGUUGAUGAGGAGAAAUGGCACCAGCUACAAGUAACCCAAGGAGAUUCCAAGUACACGAAGAACUUGGCAGUUAUGAUUUGGGGAACAGAUGUUCUGAAAAACAGAAGCGUCACAGGAGUCGCCACAAAAAAAAAGAAAGAUGCAGUCCCUAAACCACCCCUCUCGCCUCACAAACUAAGCAUCGUCAGAGAUGUCCACAUGGCAUUGGCAAAACUGCACUGCUCACUUCUCUUUCUUUCUUCCUCUCCUUCUCUGUGAAGCCUUCGCCUCUUCUGUGUUCCCUGUCUUGGUGAGUAGUACCACCAGCCAGGCACCCAGGCCUCAUCCUUGACUCCUCCACAUGCCUCACUACCCAUCUGUUUGGCCCCAAAUCUCUCUUAAACCACUGCCGAUCCACUCCCCCAUUUUCUAAGCCAUUUUAAAGUGUCUCUCCUUUUUCCAAAUAUGGAGAGAACCAUCUGUAUCUCUCCAUAGUUACUGCCCUUCUCAUAGCCCACACUCAUUUCUCCCCUCCAUUACUCUGGCAGCUUCCAGACUCCUCUCUCCAUUAUGUAACCAGAGCAAUCUUCAGAAACCAGAUAUCCCUUGACCACCACCCAGUCACAGCCUGUUCAGAAUGUUCAUUAUUAAAGAGUAAGCUUCUUAACAUGCCAGAAAAGCACCUUUGUAAUCUGGUUCCUGGCUGUAUCUCCAGUAUUAUUUUUCAGCAGUAUUCCCCCUGCACUCUAAGUUAUUACCAUGGUGAACUGCCGUAUUCCCUGAGCAAGCCUUGUUCCCCGUCACCUUGGGGAAUUUGCAGAUAGUUUUCCGGAUGCCUGCAACACAGGUUACACUACCUACCUUCCAUCUGUGCUGCCUUGCCUGGCUAACUGCUGCUUACCAUCCAGAUCUGCUUAGGUGAGCCUUCCUUCAGGAAAUCAUCUCUGACCUUUUAGGGUGGGUCGAUGCUUCUGUCAUUCAUCUCAGAGCACCCAGUGCCUACCUCAGUUCUCUUACUGUAUCUUUGCCUCCUAGGGACCUUGUCUAACCCUUAUUGCCUAUAAAUGCUUGCUAUGUACAUGAAUGAGAAGGAAAUUGACUUGCCCAAGGCCAUACGUCUGAUUAGAGACAGCCAAGCUGAACUGGGUUUUCAGGCUACCUACUGUCGCCAGAGUUUUCUUGUAUUAUUGAAAUAUAAUGUUGAUUUUUUUUUUCUUUUUUUACUAGACAGGCAGGUUUGACGUCUGUCUCCUAUCCCACGAUAUAACCACUGUUUUUAGCCUAAUUAUUUGAGCUAUUCCAGAUUGCAUUUGGCUGGUUCUUCCUGUGCAAGCUGUCUGCUGGAUUGAGAUUGUUUGUAUUUAUUUUGUCUGAUUUUAUCACAUGUAGUCACAUUUGCCAUAUAAAAAAAUAGAAAAGCCUUUAUGCUCACAGAGUUGGUGAGGAUUUCUUCUUUUCCUUGAUUUUAAAAUAAUUCCUUACCUGCUAGCAGAGGGAUGGGGCAAACAUUGAUGCUGCUUUGGAAAGAUAAAAGCAGGAGAACUGAAGCAGAGUCUUGCUCUAAUGACAAGCUCCAGAAUGACAGUUAAACCUAUUAAGGUCAAAUGACCUUUUGUGGAGUGUCUGAGUUUUCUAAAUGAGCCUCAGCAUUGCGUUCUGGUUAAUUUUUAUAACUUUUUUAAUAGGACACAUUAGCACUGUUAUAAACCUUGUUAAUUAAGCAAUAAUCUCAAAUGCUCCCUCGCAGAGGGAGACAUUCCCAGCAACUGCAGGUGAUUAAUAUCUAGAGUCUAACGAAAGCCUUUUAAUCAACCUGAGAAGCUGUUCGUUCAGUGCUGUUACCCACAGGAAAUGAGAAUGAUUGAAAUUCUAUGGGGGCUCCUCCGAAAGCCUUCUUCCAUUUGCACCUUUCUCCUUCUACCUCUUCCCUGAUUAGUGCUAGGGGCUUCAAGGGCCACCACGCCCACUGUCCUGCCUUCUCCUUCUGUCUCUUUUGCCACUUUACCUGCCAUUAUUACCUUGCAGACAAUUAGAGAUUUCAAGCUGGGGGAAUCUUCUUAGAUUCCCUGGUUUGACACGCUACUUUUGUAGAUAGUGAAACAGACCCAGAGAAGUCCCCCCUAGAGGUUGCACAGCAUCUAGGGUUAGAAUCAGAUAUGAAUAUCUCAACUUCUAAGCAGUUCUCAUCACAGUUUGUCUCCCUCAUUUGGUUCAGGUUCCAACAAAGUCGCUCUGGGUGUUUGUUUUCUCCUGGCCUAGGGGUACAGAGGGUUCUGCCUGAGUGUCCCACUCUGUUGGGGGAGACAAUGUGGUUACAGUUUUAUUAGAUUGUGAUUCAUGCUUUGACAGAGAGAAAAACCCAGACAGGUGUGGGAGCACAGAGUUCUAGGUAGAAUGGGGUCUCCUAAUUCAGUCUGAUACCAGGUUUCAAGAAGGCUGAAUCUGGAAGAAUGAGUAGAGCUUAGGCAGGUGAAGGGUAAGAACUUAGGCAGAGAUGAGCAGAGUCACUGACAGGUGGAAUAGGUUGAAAAGGAUGAUGAAUAUAGCAGAGGUGGGACUGGAGAGACAGGGCCUCCUACCUUCUUGUCUCUCAGUCCUUACGGAAAGGACUGAGAUGAAAGACAAGAUGAAGUGAGGAUUAGUCAGGGUUGGGAGUAGUCAGGAAGUGACGGGUAGAGGUCAAUUAAAAGCUUUUAAAGGCUUCUCUGUGCAAAACCCUUCUCGGUGGAAAGAAAAAGGUGCCUCAGAAAAAGAACGCUUAUGGGAGGUGCACCUGCAGCAUGGAUGGCAACAGGAGGCAGACUGGCUGGCUCUGUGCCCAGGGAAGGGCUCAGCGUAUGGGGAGGUAGCAGUGGAUUCUGCCCUAUACCUACUCCCUUUCUCCAGGGCUCGGGCUUCUCAUAUGUUAGUGGAGAGGUUAGCACAAGUUAGUCAUCACGAUCCCUUCUAGUGUUGACAUUCUGCAUCUCUGAGACAAUUACCUGUUCUGAGCUGGUUUGCUAAUGACAAAAUUUUGCUUGUUCUCCAUAGCAAUUCCUCAAGGUUGGAUUGCCAUUCUGUUUAGUUGAGAAAACUCAGGCUCAAAGAGUCCCCAGGGGGUUUGCCCAUUAUUACACACUCCCAUGGUACAUUCACUACCCACACCCUAGUCCUCUUCUGUCCACAAUAUUUGUAUUCCCUUAGGUUUCCCUGGAAAAGCAUUUCUUCAGUCAUUUCACAUAUAUUUAUUUAAGCUUGCCCCUGUGCCAAACACUGUGUUAGGCCCUAGGAAUUAAUAGUUGUAAAUACAUAAAAUACUCAGAACAACCCCAUACAGGUAUAGUAUUCUUUACAACUUGAAAAAGGCAACAUGUUUAUCCCACAUGCCUCAUGGCAGCAUUAAAAAAAAAAUGCUCUGUAGUUUGUUAUCCUUACUUAUGAGGUGAGGAAUCUAGGGCAAUGAUUUGCACCAGGUCCCCAGGCUAGGCAGUCAGUUGAAAUCAGGCUCCAGCCAGACCUUGUCUGGAGCUGGCUUUUUACUUUAUCACAGCAAACGGUGGACUCAGUAAGAGAGUGGCCGUACUGAGCCUCAUUAGUAAUCACAGCAGUGAGACACUACUUCACACCCACCAGGUUGUCAGAACCUUAAUAAUGUGACAAUGUCAAGUACUAUUAAAAUGGGGCAACCAGUACUACUUGCAUACACUGUUGCUAGGAGUGCCAGUCAGCACAAUCACUUUGGAAAACAAUUUACCAGGCAUCACCUAAUAAAGUUGCAUAUGCACACAUCUUAACAUUCAGCAAGUCCAUGCCUAGGCUGAUACUGGAGAAUUUCUUGCAUGUAUUCCCCAGAGGCAUGUGCCAGGGUGGUUUUAAUUGCAAAACCAAGUAUCCAUGGAUGAUACAAUGGAUAAACAAAUUGUGACAGAGCCAUACAAUAGAACACUACUCAUCAGUGAAAAUGACCUACAACUACAUUUUUCAUGAGUAAACCUCAAAACUGUAACAUUUGAGUAAAAAAAAAGCAAGUCAGGAUGAUACAUAGAGUGCGCACAUUUAUAAAAAGAUUGAAAAUGGAAAAAUGAACCAUAUAUUAUUUAAGGAUAUAUACAUGUGUUAACACUAAAAGAAAAAAAAAAAGCAAAAGUUCAGGAGAAUGGUUAUCUCUGGUGGAGAGUAAAGAAUUAGGGAGGGGCCUCCAGGUGCUUGGGAGGAACCGAUAGUAUCCUGCCCCACCGAGAGGUGGGCACGUGGCGCUUCAUCAUUACUUUUAAAGUGUGCAUUUACAGUGUAUAGCUCCUCUUUUCUAAGUACAUUCUAUGAUGCAAAUUUUAAAAUAUAGCUAUGCCAGAUACAUGAACUGGUAUUUGGGAUGUAUGUUGAGAGGCACAUUUUCUUUUACCCUCCUUAAAAGGUUUUUACUCAAAUUCACCAUUAAUCCUUGGCCUUGUUUCUUCUCCCU